UCUCUCUCUCUCUCUCUCUCUUACACUUUUUCUUUGCGUUUGCCCAAUCCAUGAAAACUAAUGGGUUUUGUCGGUAAAGAAACUCCUUAAUUUAUUAUCUCUCUCUCUUUCUCUCUAUUGUUAGUCAAAAGAUGCCCACCCAAGAGAGAAAGAAAAACAUCUCUUCUUUACUCUUUAUUUGAAUGUUAGUUGUAGAAGCUCUUUGUUGAUCAACUGUGGAAAUUGAAGCUUAAGAUUUUCUUUGUGAUCAAAAAGCUUUUCUCUUUUUUAGUUGAUCUUUUAUGAGAUUUACGGAAGCUUGGUUUCUCGACAGAACCUGGAAAAAAAGAUGUCAGAUCAAACAAUGUGGCUGCCUGCCUGGAGUUUGAUAAAGCCUCAAGCUUGAGAUCAUUUUGCUAAGUUGACAUGACUUGACGACAUCUUCUCUCUCUCUCUAGCCUUGGCUUGAAAGAUAUCCCCUUUUUUUAUUUUUUAUUUUGGUACCGUUUUGUCCGGCGAUCAAAGAGAAGGCCUGACUGAAACUUGGCAUCCAAAGAAAGUUUUUGGAGAGGAUUACUUCCUUCCUGCUUCAACUUGCCACUCUUUAAUGGUUGCCCUUCAGGGGAGUUUGGAAUCAAAGCAAAUUCAGAAGAAUCUAAGCCACAUCUUAUAGAGAAUAGCUUUUAGAGAAGGAGCAUUAAGAAACUGAAUAAGACUAGCCAUGGCCAAGAAAAAUCAACGGCGUCCAGCUUCUCGGGAUCAGUUAGGCUGCAUGUGGGGUUUUAUGAAUAUGUUUACUUUCCGCCAUGGACCACUCUCUCCCAAGCUCCUUGUUGACCAAAACCAUGCUGCUGGAAAUCAUAAUGAGCUUGAGAAGCCCAACAAAUGCCAAGACAAGGCUGCUCAAGACACCCUUGUAAGCAAUGUUGGUGAAGAACGCAAUGUGAAGAUUACGAUUAUAAAGCCAAGUGUGAAGAAACUCAUAGCUGAAGAGUUGUUCAAUGACAAGGAACUCAAGAAGCAGAGGGAGAAUGCGGAAGCAGGACAGUUGUCAGACUCUGAGCUCGAAGGAAGAAGAAGGAAAAGCCAGAGGAGAAAAAACAAGACCCGCAAGAACAGCUGCGAUAACUUUAGCCAUAUAAACACAACUAACCUCGAAGAGCCUCAAGUUCACCGCAGAACUAAGAAGAGCCAUCAUGCUUCUGAAAGGAGUCUUGACAUUGAUAACAUGAUUGAAGAGUUCUAUUCAGAGAUUCAUCGCAGAAGUACAAGCCUUGGUAAGAACCACAAACAGGAUGAUUAUAAAGAAAAACUGAGGGAGCUGGUCAAGUUUUUAAUCAGCCAGAAGCUUCUACAUGGGAACCGUCCCAAGGAAAACAGCGAAAUCCUUACAUCUAAGGACUUGAUGGAAGUGUUUCAGAUUCUGGGAUCAGAUGAGGAGUUGUUUCUCAAACUUCUGCAAGAUCCAGAGCUACUUGUGCCAAGGCAGAAAGGAGAAGAAAGCUUGAGCUUGUCAGGGGCAUCAUCAGAACAAUCUUCUGAUCAUAAGAGACGGUCUAGCAGCUUUUUCAGGAGGAAAGAUACACCACAAGAAGGUACUGAUGACAAAGCAUGCGAAGCUUCUUCAGACAGGAUUUACAUUCUGAAGCCAGGCUUUUCAAGUCCAGACAAAGCUGCUGAUUCUCAUUUGAUGAGAAACAAACUGCAGAACGAGAGAAACAGUUCGCAUUUCUUCCUUUCUGAGAUCAAGAGGAAGCUGAAACAAGCAAUUAGAAAGGAGCAGCCUGGACUCCAGCGUGAGAGAGGGUUUCCUAAAAAUGUGCCAACCAAAGAUCAUUUCUUUCUCGAGCGGAUGGCAAAGCCCUCAUCACCUCAGAAGAACAAUGAAGAAGAUAGAAAUCAAAGGGUGUCUAACAUUUACACAGAGGCCAAGAAACAUCUGUCCGAGAUGUUAAACAAUGGAGAUCUUGAUUCGAACAUAACAAGCAGACAGGUUCAAAGAACCUUAGGACGAAUACUCUCUCUUCCUGAGUACUUAUCUCCUAUAAGCAGCCCAGGAAGAAGAUGGGAAAAGAGCUCAACUGCACACAGGAAGUCUGCUUCAGCGGAUUACAUAAAUGCUGUGAACAUCAAGAAAGAAACUCCUGUGAGCCAACCAGAGGAUGCAAUAAUAACAAGUGCUGAUACUCAGGCCUGCAAUCUAAACAAAGAACCUGACAAUGCUGUCGAGUCUCACCAACCAACCGCAUGUGAACCUUCUGAAAAAAGUGUGGACAUUGAGGAUGGAACAUCUGACGAAUAUAAAAUUUCUGCUGCAGCCAAACUUGCAGGUUCUGCAGAUGAUAUAAUGAUUACCAAUGAGAUAGGUAUAGUUACAGAGGAAGCAAGCUCUACUUUGGUUAGUGACUUAUCCAAAGCUGAAGCUCAGGAUGAACAGACCUCUCAUGAAGAGAACCAACCACCACUGGCUUCCUCUGUGGCCUCACCAUCCCACUGCUUAGCUAAAAGUGAAGUAGCUAUUACUGAUAUUCUGGAAUGGUCAAGCCCAAUAUCAGUUCUUGAGCCACUCUUCAUUGAAGAUGAUGUAAGCCCAUCAAAAAUGAGAUCUCAGUCUGAUGAGCCACAGGUGCAACCUUGGUGUAUCCACUUCGAUGAUAAAGAAGAUUCUGCAGCUAAAAGCCGAGAGGAUGCUGUCAAAUCCAUCACAAGUGACAAGGAAUUGGUGUUUAAGUAUGUAAAAGCUGUGGUGGACGCAGUAGAGUCAGAAUUUGAAGAGCUCUAUCUGAAGGCGCAGUUCUCUGACCAGCUUCUUGAACCGGCACUUAUCAGCAACAUACCCUUCUGUCCAAACCAGCUUUGCCAUGACCAUGAGCUGCUCUUUGACUGCAUCAAUGAAGUUAUCAUGGAGCUCUGCUGUUGCCCUCCAUGGGCUUCCUUUGUUACACCAAGAACCAGAGUCUUCUCUACCGUCAAAAGCAUCGUUCACGAGGUUCAAGAAGCGGUCUACUGGCAUCUCUUGCCGUUGCCACUCCCUCGCGCGUUGGAUCAAAUAGUUAGGAAAGAUAUGGCUAAAGCUGGAAACUGGUUAGACAUCAGAUGUGAGAUUGACUGCUUUGGCUUUGAAACUAGUGAAUUGAUUCUAGAGGAAUUACUUGAAGAGGUCGCUCUUAACUGCCUCAACAACACUGAGCACUCUCUGGUUCCAGCUGAGUUGAAGAUCGAUGAGAGCAUCCUUGUUUUAUAAAAGGUCAUGAAAAGUGAAAGCUCUCUUCUUAAAGACAAAGCCAUUGUUGUGACAGAGCAUAGCCUCAUUAUCACAAUUGCUAACUUCCAUUAGCGCAGAACCAUGUAGAUAGUGUGUAUUACUCAAAGAAUAACUUUCAGACUGCUGAGAGAGAGACAGAGAAGAGAUAAGAUCCUUUCAAGACCAGAUGAGAAACAGUUUGCGGUGGGGUCAUUACAGAACACUUUCAAAGACAGGACCACGGGUCUCUUCUUUUAGCAUAUUUAUAGGAUAUGAUUUAUUUUAGUAUUGAGUGUGUUUGUGUGUUGAGAUGGAGAGAGAUGUGAUUUAGAGUGUUUUUGGUUUCAUUGAUUUAUUUGUGUGUAAUAUUUUCAGAAGUUUGACAUAUAACAGUGUCUUUAUAGGUGUAUGAUUUGGGAUGUGACAAUCUUAAAAGAGUACUUUAUUUGUUAAUGAAAAUUAUAAGAUAUACAAGAU